CUCUCGCUUCCUUGCCACGCCUCUCGCCCGUCCCAGCCAUGGCAUACCGAGGGCCCAUGCUCGCUGUACAUCAUUAUGAGGAUGGCCUUCACAACGACCCGAACAUGCUGGAUGCAGACAUCCUUGAAUUCGUAGGCGAUGACCACAUCCACGACCUCCACUCGUUCGUAGCGCGGCCUUCUUCACGCGGUUCCGCAUCGUCGCCGCCCCCUCCAUAUACGCCCAUGUCUUGGUCAUCUAGUCCCCUGCCUACGCCUGCGUUUUCUGCGCAUCAUUCCUUCACGAUUCCCGCACCACUAAUGGCUCAGCAGGAACGCCCCGUUCCACAGAGUAUGCUCGACGAUCCUGCCUUUUCACCCGAUCCACGCCGCAAUCCUCAUUUCGUCAUGACUACGACCGAGGAGAUACGUGCUGCAUUUGCCGCUCCUUCCAAACCGCCUCAUGUACAUGUCGCUGACGCGACCAACGCGUGGAAAUCACAGCCGUUACCGUUCUCACAGGUCCCGCGAAUGCUCCAGCCUGGUUUUAGUGAUUCGUCCCACCUGUCCGUACAGCAUCCUCGAGCACAAUCUGCGCCUUAUGUUCCUUUUACCCCACGCGUAAUUUCUCGAGAUGUGGUCCCUUCUGUAUCGAGAGCGAGCACGCACACCAUCUCUGCCAGUUCUGUCUUUCCUCUUCACACCGUGUGGCAGCCGCCCGCUACGUAUCGCACAUCUAGUAUCUAUUCCGAUUCGAUCGACGGUAUUGAGCCCUUCCUUGUUCAGCGCACGCCCGAAACGUCUUCGCCUUCGUCUACAUCGUCGUCCCCACGUGGGUCCCCCCUUUCAGUGGCUUCAAAGACUGCCCUCCCUCCCGCAGCACCAGUCAACGAUGAGUACAAAAUAUCUCAUCUUCCUCCACCGCCUGCUGUCUCUGUCGUCCCGCCACCGCGUAGCUCGUCUCUUGCCCAUGCUUAUCCGAGCCGAUCUGCCCAAGCGCCUUUGCCCAAUCCGGUCGCAAUCGCGUCCGAACCCAUACCAACUCGGCCCGAACCUCCUCUGCAUAACGAAUCUUCACCUGAACUCCACAGCCGCGCCAUUCCUGCGUCUCAACGCCUUGCGCGUUCCGCCACAGUACCUGCGCCCCCAGCGCCCCCCGUAAAUGCAUCUUCUCAGGCUCCGAGUCGCAGUCAAUCGCAUACCACGCCUCGUGAACAGCAACGAGGACGGAGCAGAGACGUGCAGCCUGUACAGAACGUCCCGCGCAAUCGCAGCCGGCGACCGAGCGUGAGCGCUCCACGCGACCUUGACCGUAUCGACGAGCUCGAUGAGACCGAUCCGCGAGGCUUGGCUUGGCAUCAUGAAAGCCCGUAUGAGGCGAUUGCGCGCUCAGUCGGCCGACAGAAGGAUGGUUCGGGAAUGAUAGGUGUGGGGACUGCGAACGAAAAUGGCACCCAGCGUAAGCAUGACAGAAGCAGAGAAAGGACGCUGCCUAUCCCUCAACCUUCCGCAAACCAUUUCAGUGUUGAACCUGGGCAGAUUUUCCCUACUGGUGCGCUGUUUCAGGCAGCGCAGGCUCCAUAUGUACCACCGCAAGCGACGUCGUCCUACCCUCCGUUGUCAACUCCAUAUAACGAGAUUUCAUCUCAAACCGCUACUUCUCGCCUGAAUCCACAGAAUGAGUCUGUCUACGCUUCUGUGGCGCCAUCUCCCCCGCCCGUUUCGCAGGGCGUUAGUGCACAUGGGGCGCAUCACCUAGGCAAGACUCAGUCUCGACCUGUCCCAACCACUGAAGAGCAGCCGCCUACCUCCACGUCACAAAUUUCAACUCGUCGGUCUCCUCGCCGCGUGCCAGUACCUGUGGACACCGUCAGCCUGGAGCCCAAUGCUGAAACUCCUAGUCAGCCUCUGAUGCAGCAGCGUCCUUCUCAGCGACCGCAUGUCAGGUUUGAGUCUCCCACGAGGCCGCAGGUUAAGCCUCCCUUGAAUCAGGGCUCCGUUGACGAGGGGUAUAACGCGGGUGCGGGUGCGCAACAGCCUUCUGCUGAUACAUCCAGUGUGCCAUUCCCUGUACAGCAGCCUUCGCGGGUACCCGUUCAUACUGCACAGCCACCCGUUGGUCAGCCGCAAGUGCAUUCCAACUAUCCUGGGUCGAAUGAAUCAUCCUCGACGAGCACGAAUGCCGAUCUUAUUUCUCAGGCGGCAGGCUUUCAACGGCCUGAUAUACAGCUUCCGCCACGUCGUCCACCACCCAGUUGGCAGAUGCAGUCAUCGUUGCCUCCUAGUCACCUGCCCAAGCAGCUUGUCAUGCCUGCACCGUUGCAGCCAUUGGAAGAGCAGCGAAAGGCUGGUCUGGCUCAACAGCAGCAGGACCAGUUUGUCAUAGCUCCAUAUAUGGGCAGGACUGCACGAUCUGACGAGGGUCACGGUGGACGAACCGAUGUCCAUGUCCAUUCAGGCAAACAUGUACUCCACCACUCCGUGUCUCACACAGGUUACUACGAUCCGGCGUCGACGCGUGCGAGGAAGGUUGUUCAGGGUCGCGCAGAAGCGAUACCCAUGACUGGACCGAAUGUCCUGCACAAGCGGACGGCGAACAAUGUACCCGCUCCUGAGCCACCGGCAUCAACCGCAACCACUGCGAUGUUCGCCGCUCGGGUCGUCGACACUCGUGAUGGAGGUGGGAAAGCGAAGGCCGAGAAAGUCGCGUCGGCGUUGUGGCCUCGAGACCGAUGCAAGGACGAGAACGACCACGACCGUGGAGAGAAGAAACAUGGGAGGAAGUUGAGCAAACUGGGCAGGAAAUUAACGAAAUGAAGAGAACCGUACUGAAGAACUCGGACAGCCUUGACUAGUGCAGGCGGUCGCCCUCGAAGAAAUCAGCCGAACGCUCGUAAAGUUAUACCGAUGGUGCAUUUUGCAUCAACUGACUCAAAACGUUUCUAUCUCUACACUUAUUAGCUAUGUCCCGUUUUGUAUUCCCUUUGGUUCUUGCUUAGGACCUGCUUUCACGAUGGAAUUUUGUAGACUGCAACUGUACUCUUCGUGUAACUGAUCUGUCUCUGUUGUAUCCAGAUGAUUCCGUGCUCUCAAAGUACCCUAAUUUUGCACACAUCACGAGUUAAUGUAUCCGUUAUUUACGGCUGUGUCUACUCAAGAUUUCAUUGGGAUUCAUUUUUUCU